AUGGAAUCGAAAGAUCCGUUUGGCGGGGGUGGUGUGUGGCUGCAGUCAGGUGAAAUGAAGCAGCAUGGGGGAAUCAUCUCUUUUGCCAGUUGUUACACUACUGGUGAUGGAGGUGGGCUUGGGGUUAUGGAAGGAAGCGUCAAACAGAAUGGUGGCUUGCUACAAUUUCAUGAUUGCGCAGCGAAGAGAUCAGGUGGUGGGAUGUAUCUCCACGGCAGGGUAUCCCAGUUCAGCGGAAGUGUAGAGUUUCACACAUGCAAGUCCAUGGGAAAGACCUCUUAUUCAAAUGCGUGGCGUGGUCAUGGCAUCGAUAACUUCACUCUUCCUGGCGGAGGUGGUGUUCAGGUCGAAGCCGGGGAAUUCUAUCAGAAUGGCGGAAAUAUAUCUUUUGCAAACUGCUACGCUGCCGGUAUUGGGGGUGGACUUUCAGUCCAUCGGGGCAACUUCCAACAGAAGGGUGGGUUCCUCCAAUUCCAUGAUUGUGAGGCCUCAUCCUCGGGUGGUGGCCUGCAUGUCAGAGGCAAAGUUUUCCAGUUCCGUGGUGUCCUGAAGCUGAGCAGGUGCAAGUCCAAUGAAGGUGGCGGUGUGUUGGUCGAUGGUGAGUUUCAUCAGCAGUUUGGGACGAUUUCCUUCGUUAGUUGCACAGCUUGCCGGUUUGGAGGUGGGCUUUUGGUACAAGAAGGAGGAAGCAUCAUCCAGCAGAAGGGCGGCAUUCUACAAUUUGAUGAAUGCCAUGCCAGUGAAGGUGGUGGCAUACAUAUCACCGGCUCCAGCUUCAACGGAAGAGCAAGACUGCUUGUGGGACUUGAGAGUUUGAUGAGGUUUACAAAAUGUAAGUCUUUUCCUGCCACAACGACGGACUGGACUGAAGAAGGCGGUGGCGGCUUGUUCCUGGAGGAAGGGGACCUGCAUGUAUAUGGCAAGCUUGAAUUCACUGACUGUGCAGCAGAAACUAGAGGAGGUGGCAUGCUACUAAAACGCUCAAACCUUACUUCCCAUGGCACAGUUAAAUUUGAGAGGUGCCGUGCCAAGGAUGGUGGAGGGGUUUCCCUCAAAUCUGGUCAAAUUGUCCAAGCCUAUGGACUGAUGACGUUUCUGGAUUGCAAGGGCCGGGUCGUGUUGGAUCGUUUCGCUGUUGGCGACUCUUUGAUCUUGUAUUUUUGUUGCGUCGUUUGUUGUUCGUCGUUGGUCCUUGUUUGUAGUACGUCCUACGUAUUUGUUGAUAUUGCCCGCUCAAUUUGCUGGUCGCGAAAGGUGGUAGCAGCUGCGUAG